UGAAAACACUGAGUGCCAUCAGAUAUAGGCUACAAUAGAAAGGAAGGAAACCGGAGGGAUACCAAAAAUGCAUGCAUGUGAUGAUACCGAGCCAGUUUGAAAGCAUCUGGAUUUCUUCGAACAAAUUAUAUGAAACACUCCAUAUACUCCAGACAUAACAUCGUGACAGUUGCUUUAUUAGAUUACAGAGCGGAUUCUGAAUGCUUCGGAAUGGAAAAAAAUCCUUCCCCACGGAGGAUGCUAAAAAUGAGUUAAUAGCGCUUUGUGUAAGCAAUUUAAACCACUGAUCACGAGCUGUCACUGCGGUCAAUUGUAGUGGAUGGGAAGCUUCUCUGCACCCUUUACCUUCCACAUGACCCUACUCUCCCUGUUUCAUCAGCUCCCGUGAAGGCUCGUAACACUCUCUAACACACACUGACAGCAUGUCGUCCACUGGCCAGAUUCUGGCCUUUAAGCUCUCCCCACCCUCUCAGGAUGGGAGUCCAGAGCGUCUGUUCAGCUGUGAUGAGGACAUUGAACGGCGCUAUGAGGUGGUCCCGUCUGUCGUCUGCUCCAUGUGUUGCCUGUUUGGCAUCAUCUACUGCUUCUUCGGGUACCGCUGCUUCAAGGCUGUAAUGUUCCUCACGGGUCUAAUGUUUGGUUCCAUCGUCAUCUUCAUGCUCUGCUAUAAGGAGAGGGUCAUGGAUACUCAGCUCAGUGUGGAGGCCAGCGUGGGCAUCGGCCUGGGCAUUGGCACACUGUGCGGUUUGGUCACUAUGCUGGUCCGCAGCGUGGGGCUUUUCAUGGUUGGACUUCUCCUGGGUUUACUGGUGGCCCUGGCCUCUCUGGUGGUUCUAGAGGAGUUUUAUCACCCGAGGACAGUGUGGCUUCCCCUGGGUGUGCUGCUGGGCUCGGGCAUGCUGUUUGCUGUGCUCACGCUGCAGUGGCAGCGCUGUUUCACCACCCUGUCCACCGCCGUCUUCGGAUCAGCUGUGGUGACUGUGACUGUGGAUUAUUUUGUCGAGCUCUUUGCUUUGACACAAUAUAUCUAUGAGAGGGUGAAGGUGGAUCCACCUCGCCCAGUGUGUUGGUUCACAUGGGUGGUCAUGGGAGUCUGGCCCGUGCUGGCGCUGCUGGGUGUUCUUAUUCAGUGGAAGGUCACGGCUGAAGGAUAUUCACACACAGAAGUCUUCAUCAAUCACCAGCAGAGACGAGUACAGUUAAUGCGAAUUCGUCAAAAGGAAGAAAUAAGGGAAUGCCAAAAGAAAAAGAAGAAAAAGCCACAGAAACAGCCACCGCAGCAACAGAAGUACCACCACCCCCUUCAGACCAACCCUCAUCCCCCAAACCCUCCUCCCAAACUCCAGCCUCCGGAGCCCACCCACCGCCGCAAGCCCAACACCAUUCGCCGCUUCGAUGGAGACGUACUUUCUCCAAGUUACAUCCAGAACUUCCGUGACAGACGUACGGAGAGGAGGGGCUACUCUCAUGACAGGCUGAUCGGCGGCUCACAUGUUGUAGAUUUGGACUAUGACUACGGCUCCCAAGUGCCCCUAACAGCCCAUACAGGCCCUGCAGUGAGAGGAUGACCCUGUACCAUUUAAUGAACAGGAAUUGCACUGCACAAACCAUUCCGAGAACCGAAAACUUUGAAGCCGGAUCAGAUCUUACAGCAUGCAAUUACCUCAGCCGUCACAAUGGCUGACGGGACUUUCAUACCUAAAUCCAUUUGCUGUAUUCCCAUGAUUUUUUUAUUUAAUGCCAGAGAAGUUGCAGCAAAUGGAUCAUAUGCCUAUGAAACAAUGCUUAACCACAGUACGGCUCUGUUCUCUUGCAUUUAACUCCAUUAUAUAUUGCUGAAGAUGGUUGUGGUAUGUGUGUCUGCUCCUCCGAGGCUCAUCUUCCCGUAAUUAGGCUGCUGUUUCACUCCGUCCGAGAAGAACGGUCUCAUUACCACAGCAGAAGUUUUAAAGAAGAUCCAUUAUGUUCAAUCUGAACUCGGGACCAAAUACGGCCUUGGCUUUUAUGCGACUAAACUGUCAUAAAGCAUGCAUGGUUUCUGCUAGACAGACUAUUUGUACAUUCAGUUUACAGAUUCAAACUUCAAUCCUCCUGACCUUUUAAAGACGUUUCAGAUGACAUUGUGUUUACAGCACGGGCCGGGAGGUGUGUAACAUUUUAUAAUGUUUCAAAUGGCUUUAUCUGCUCUGUGCCAGGGCCUACACAAAAUCUCCCAAACCAUGUAUGGUGAACAAAACCUCUGUUCAGUCUGAGCCUAUUGCACAAGCAUAUACUGAAAUGUGCAUUUAUCGUUAGCCAAUGCAUGUGGGGGAAGUGCCACCAUUGCUUUUGUGCUGUAGAUGUACACUUUAAUCUGUUUUUGGUUGUUUUUCUGUUUAUGGCUUAGUAUCUAGAGACUGUUUUAGUGGCUCCCAGUUAAAUCUCAGGGGCUGUGGCAUCGAGAAGAGCCCUAACGAUGUAACUGUGAACACUUAAGGGGUUUUCUGUGAGUGAUUUAAGUGUCCUUGACCUUGCCUACAAGAGAAGAGUUUUGUAAAGGAUUAAAGAAAGAUGCCGCAGAAGGGUGGAAGAGAUUUACAAUGGUGGACUUCUCACAGAAAAAAGAUUUAGUGUAGUUCUGUGUCUGUAGAAAGCAUGAAAAGGAGAGAGAGAGAGAGAGAGACUGUCUGUAUGUGUAUUUUGUGUUUCGAGUGUGUGUGGAUGUGUGAAAGUAUUUGUCAUACUGUGGGUUGAGUCUUAAUUUCUGAUUUACCUUCAUGUUCGGAUGUGGGGUGAUUUCACACCCAGUUUCCCGUCUGUGUUUAUCAGGGCUGUCGGAGCAAUGAAGAGUCAAAGUAUAAUCUUUUCCUCACUCUGAAGUAGUGAAAGGGCUCAAAGGCUUAAAUUCCUCUGUUUACUGUUUCUUUUAAAGUUACAGAUUGGCUCUCUUGUAAAUUUUUGUACAUUGUCUAAAUGUAAAUAUGCUUACAUACAAUUCUGUAUUAUUACUAGUGCUUUGAUUAAUUUGAUAUUUUUCUUCUAAUCAGUGGUUACAUCUGUGUGUUGAAGAACUGUCUUUUAAAUUGUCCCAUUGAUAGUGAUUUGUAAUUAUAAUUUAUUUCUAAUUUAUUAGAUUAAGACUUCAAGUGGAGUUACAUACUCUGUAUGUAAUUUAAUUGAUGUUGACCAUUAUUAUUAUUAUUAUUAUUAUUAUUAUUCUUGAGCAUGUAUUUGUACAGUACUGAUAACCAUAAAUGUUGUGGUCCUGAAGUCAAGUACACGUGAGUAUGUGUCCAUUUUCCUCUUAACACUGCUGUUUAAAAAAGAUAGAUGGCAAAGAACGUGGUGGUAGAUGCCUGUGAGGCACUGGGUGAGACGCAUUUAAUUGCGUGAACUAGCUACUGGUGGGAAGAAUGUGCCAACAAUAAAGACAAAACGUGCUCAAGUAGCUUUGUGAUGCACAGCAUAAUUUUCCAUUUUGAAAAUAAAUGUGCAUAUCCCUGCAGGGGUAAAAUUCAUUUACACAAGGGCAAAUGAAAAAUCACAUUAAAAUGGAUUUUUGUUGUCAUCCU